UGGCGGGGAGUGUGCGCGCGGGGUUCGCGGUGCACCACGUACGGGACGCUGGCUCAAAAUUGGCUUCCUGGAGCGAUUUUGGCGCAUAUCUAGGCGAAAGCGGACCGUUGCAGUGUGCAGGAGAGGUUGGCGAUUCGAGGCGGACACCGAACAAUGCAAAAUUAGUCGGUGAGACCCCCGUGAAGGCUGACAGGUGACUGGUCCGACCGAAAAUGCCUCGCCGAAAACAGGACUGCCCCAAACGGAUGCAAUGGGAGGAGGAGCAGGCACUGCUGGCUGCGGCCGCUGCCGGCGCCGCCACCCGCGACGCCGCCGCCGCCACCGACGCCGGCCCGACCGACGACGGUGAUGCGGCCAUGGCCAGCGACGACGAGAGCGACUGCUCCGACAAGAUGCUGCUGGGCGCCGCCACCUCUACCUCCUGGGACGGCGUCGGCUCGCGGCCGAGCUCGGCGCAGUCCGCCGAGCUGGCGAUGCGCUCCGGCUACGGCAGCCCGCCCGAUCCAGCCUGCUCGCCGCCGGACGUGCUCGACUUCAGCGUGCGCCGCGUGCCGCGCCGCCGGCCCGGCCACAACAUCGACCAGCUGAUGGCGCGCAAGCAGCCGCGGCUCGACGCCAAGCCGCCGCCCACCUUUCUCUCGCCGUGGGACAAGCGCUUCCCGUUCCAGUUUGCGGCCGGCGGCGGCCUGCCCAAGCUGGACGGCUGGAACGGCAAGCAGGAGGAGCCGCCCAGCUCGCAGAAGCUGCCGCCCUACACCAAGUCGCCGACGCCGAGCGAGGCCUCGCGCGCGCUCGAGCGCAUGCAGGAGCUGACCAAACUGUCGGGCGAGCCGAGCGACCUGUUCCGCACUCUCGGUCAGCGGCCGAACGUCUGGCAGAACCAGUGGAUGAGCCGCGGGGUGGAGCAGGCCCGGGACGUGCUCAAGUGCGUCUGGUGCAAGAUCUCGUUCAACACGCUGGCUGAGCUGACGGCGCACAUGCGCGAGGCGCGCCACACGGCCAUGCCGACGCCGCCGGCCAUCCCGCCCUCGCCGUCCACGUCGUCGUCCACGUCGGAGGCCAUCAGCUCGCUGAAGGAGACGAUGCCGCUGCCGAGGAAGCUGGUGCGCGGCCAGGACGUGUGGCUGGGCAAGGGGGCCGAGCAGACGCGCCAGAUCCUCAAAUGCAUGUGGUGCGGCCAGAGCUUCAAGUCGCUGGACGAAAUGACGCAGCACAUGCAGAAGACGCAACACUACACCAACAUCAUUUCGCAGGAGCAGAUCAUCUCGUGGAAGUCGCCCGACACCAAGACGGCGUCACAGAGCCACGUGAAUGCCGUUCUCACGUGUAAGGUCUGCGACCAGGCAUUCUCCAGUCUGAAGGAGCUCAGCAACCACAUGGUCAAGUACUCGCACUACAAGGAACAUAUCAUGCGCUCGAUCAGCGAGUCAGGCGGCCGGCGGCGGCAGACGCGAGAGAAGCGCAAGAAGUCGCUGCCGGUGCGGAAGCUGCUUGAGUUGGAGCGGGCGCAGGGUGAACUCAAGGCGGAACGCGCCGUAAAGGAGGGCGCAGGCAAGAUCACAUGCGAGAAGUGCGCAGCGCGCAUCGACACGCCGCUGUUCGUCGAGCAUAUCAGGACGUGCCCGGGCAAGACGGCCGCCUCCAAGAGCCCGAGCGAGACGUCCAACUCGGCCAGCGACCGCAAGACGCCCGGUGAGGAGGAGGACGAGUCGACGGCGGCGGCGGCGGCGGCAGCGGCAGCAGCCGCGGCGGCGGUGGCGCGAGAACCGGCCGCCGAUGCCAGCUCCUCGCCGUCGGCCAUCAACGCGCUGGAGCGCCUCAUCGAGAAGAGCCUGAACCCGCGGCAGCGCGCCAGCGCACCGGCGGCCGCUUUCCAGGGCGCCAGCAUCCUCAAGCGGCUGGGCAUCGACGAGAGUCUGGACUACUCUCGGCCGCUGCUGGACGGCGGCGGGCCGGCGCCGGGCGCCCCCGGCGCCAUCUUGGCCUUCUCUUGGGCCUGCAACGACGCGGUUAUGACCGACUCCAUUAUGAAGUGUGCUUUCUGUGAUACUCCGUUCAUAUCAAAAGGCGCGUACCGGCACCACCUGUCCAAGAUGCACUUUGUCAAGGACGGGAUGGUGCCGGAGGCGGGCACCGGCAAGGCGAGCUCUAGCGGUAAGGCGCACCCGCGCUCGCCGCCCUCAUCGAGCAACUCCAGUGUAGACGAGACGUCCCACUCGAAAUUUCUCAAGUACACCGAACUCGCGAAGCAGCUCUCAUCCAAGUAUGUCGUAGAGUAGAGUGGUCGUCUGUGGUGUAGCGCUCUCCUCUUCUCCACCCGGUGGACCGCCGCGUGCGCUCGUGUUUUAGAUACGCCGUACCUACUUGCGUUGACCCGCGUCUCGCCUCUCCGCCCUGCUCUACUGUCUCUCCGCUCCGCCGUGUCAUCAGCUGUUUUGGGUUUGUAUUUAUGUGUGUGUGAGAGAGAAAGAGAGAGAGAGAGAGAGAGGGAAGGAGAGUGUGUGUGUGUGUGUGUGUGCAA